UAUGAGGUUUAUCCUAUCAUUUUGCACAGGUGUCUAGGACUUACUUUCUGUUAUUGUAGCCGCACCGGCUGGGCAUCAAUUGGUUCUCAAGUGAUCUGUUUUACUGAUCACACCCAUCAUCGUAGGGUCGAGGAAAGGCAGUUCUCCCUGACACGUUUAUUGAUGAGGUAGGCAUGACCGUCACGUUUAUUGAUGAGGUAGGCAUGACCGUAAGAACUGCGAACAAGUUCUCGGUCUCAAUUUCUUACAAAAUAACAUUAUACACUGAUAUUAAACACUUUCAACAUAUUACAAUAUUCAUUAACAAUACAUGCAAUUAACUUGGCACUAUGACAAUCAGUUUUUACUACAAAAUUAAAGCAUUUACCUCGGUCACCAUCCUGCCCGUCUUUGAGCGCGAGUUGGCCGUGAGUGAUGCCCGCAGGCGACCAGCAGGUUAACCCCAUACUACCAACAAGGCCAAGUGAACUUCCCCCUUCUGUUGAGCUUGUGCUGGAGGAGGAAGGUGUAGUGGUCCACAUCCCUGCCACCCUCUCUCUUGGGGCUCCCCGUGUGCCUUCCCCUUAAGUUCCCUCGGACACACACACAGGGGGAUGGUGACGCAGCUGAGGAACCUCUGCAGGAACCCCCACACCACCAAGGCGACAGAGAGUUCAAGUGGAAUAGCAGUAUAACAGAGACGGUAGCAUUACAGAUGUUGCAAUUGCAAACAGACAUUAGAUUUUUUUUUUUUUUAUGAAAAGCGCAAUUCUUUGAACCGGUUGAACAACACUUGACUGCUUUAGCAACACAUUUGAUACUUUUGUUAGGCUAUGGCAGACUAAGGAAAAUAACAUGUAAGCAAGUUUCUUGUAGCCUUUUUAUGUAUAUUUAUAAAUAAGUAGCUAAAAUCAAGAAGUAUUAAUAAUUAGCAUUUACUUUAGUAUAAAUAGCAUUAACUUUAGUCUUAAGAAAUAGCCAUUGUUUAUCUAAAUAUUAAACUGUAAGGUAUGACCAUAUUUUAUGAUCUGAUUUUGCAAUUUUAGUCAUAAUGUGAUUUAUAUGCACCAUCAUUUAGAAUUGUUAAAGCUUUGUGAUGUACAGUAUGAUGUGUGAUUGCCUUCAAAUAUUUAAUUGACUUGUCUGCAAGAAUAACUAAUGAACUACCUCUGCUUAGGUUUUAGUUAAGUAAUUUAGUCUAGUAUACACACUCCUGAAUAGUGAUGAACUAUAGUGAUUAUCAUCAUCUGUGGGGGUGUGUGGCAACACUCAACUUCCGGCCGUAUCACUGCGCGUGGGGGCUAGUGUUUACUCAGCCGGGACGGAGACAGGUUGUCCCGUACCCUCUCUGUACCUUCAAUAAACCUCGCCACGCUUCUCCUGCCUUUCCCUACUCCAGCCCCGACAUGGCGCAGUUUCUUCAGGGGUUAAUGGAGGAAGGCAUGGGUGGCGUACAGAUGCCCACGGGAACCGUUAGCCCAGCAGACGCAGCCAUGUGGUCUUCGGCGCCGUCAUACCGCGCCAUGCAGCGCACACAAAGCCCUGACCCCACACCAGCCACCGGGCAGCAGCUUUGACCAGCAAACUUGCAGCGGCGCCCACCACCUCCUCCACCCGGACCAGGGGGAGCGACCGCGGGCAUGUCGCCAGCUGCGUUUGAGGCGUGGGCCACCAGCGUUGAAGACUACGGCAGCAUCUGCGGCUGGGUGCCACCGAUGGCAGCACCCUAUGUGCGCCUCCUUUGCAACACAGAGGUGCAGCAGCGCAUCGACGCGCGCCUGGGCAAGCACGAAUUCAGGCAGCUCUCAACCACGGAUGCAAUUGACAUAGUAAGAAGCGUAGUGAUUGGCUCACGCUGUGUAAUUGGAGCGUGGGCAGAGUUCUUCUCACUGGUACAAGCACCGAGUGACAGCGUGUGUGCGUACAUCUCUCAGUGCCGCGCCAAAACAAACGAGUGCGGCUUCCGGUGUCCCGAGUGCCAGUGUCCCUUGGAUGAGUACAUGCUCAGCAAGAAAAUAGUGAUGGGGCUACGUGACCGCAGCAUGAAAGCGGAGGUGCUGCGAGGCCUCCCACGCCUCGAGUCAUUCAGUGAUGUGGUCCACGCGUGUGAAGUUAUUGAGGUGGCGGAAAAGGCUAGUGAGCGGCCCCCUAGUGACGUAGCCGGGGUGGCAGCUAGCAACCCGUGGCCACCGCCCUUCACGGACUCACACCCUGCUGAGGUGGCGGCGGCGGGUCCAGCGCGCUGGUCUGGGAGGCAAGGAAAAGCUCACCAGGAGGGGGCACGGCAAGGACGCAGGCAGUGCUCAGCGUGCGGAGACUCUGAGUGCUGUGGUGGGCGGCAGUGCAAGGCGUUUGCAGCAACAUGUCGUUGCUGUGGCCAGAAGGGGCACUUCUGGCGCCUGUGCCGGGCCCUCACCCCUCAGGGCAGUGCCCGCCCUGCCCAACACUCGAACCUCCCCCCAACUUCCGGAGCAGUGAUUGUUGGAGGAGUGGAGACUACGGCGUCGCUGUCUGUGGUAAUCAGUUGCUCCCGGCCCUGCGCCACUUGUUCCUACACAGCAGUUGCAGACACCGGGGCACAAGUGUCUGUAGCGGGCCGCCUACUGUUGGGGGACCUCGGCAUAUCCCAACGUCAGCUCCAGGCUACACCCAUGGCAGUCACCCACGUUGCCGGGGGCAGCAUGCGCCUCCUGGGGACCAUCACAUGUCAAGUCUCCGUGGGGACUGCCUCCACGACGGAAUGCAUCUACAUAGCGGAAGGUGUGCAGCAACUCUACUUGUCGCUCAAGGCAUGUAAGGCCCUUCACCUGGUCCAUCACACCUUCCCGCGCCCCCUAGCGCUCACUAGUGUGUGUGCUAUCAAGGCUGCAGACACCCCACAAGUACCACUUCGCCCGGAAUCGCCGCCCCACGAGCUUGUUGAGGAAAAUGUUGACCGCCUAGAGAAAUGGUUCCUAGAGCACUUCGGGCGCACGGUUUUUGCCAUGGGACGCAUGCCACUACCUGAGAUGAAGGGCCCACCUCACCACAUCCACUUACGACCUGACGCAUGCCCUCAUGCUGUCCAUGUCCCAGCCACAGUCCCGCUCCACUUCUUUGACGAGGUACGACGUCAGCUGGACGAUGACGUGGACAAAGGGAUCAUCGAAGCGGUACCUGCAGGCGAACCUACCGAGUGGUGCUCUAGAAUGGUGGUGGAGCCAAAAAAGGACGGCAGACCCAGUCGCACGGUCGACUUUCAGCGCCUCAACCGCGCAAGCCUCAGGGAGACACAUCACACCAGACCGCCCUUCGACCUCAUCUCUAGCGUGCCCAAGCAUGCAUUUAAGACAAUUGCUGAUGCCUACUCAGGAUACCACCAGGUUCCCCUCGACGAGGAAAGUCGCAAGCUCACAACAUUCAUCACUCCUUGGGGACGAUACAGGUACUGCCGCACCCCCAUGGGCCACUGUGCGUCACAGGAUGCUUUUACUAAACGCUUUGAUGACACCAUCACUGACGUGCCCAGGAAGCUAAAGUGCGUGGAUGACACCCUACUCCACGACAGCAGCGUCAGCGAUGCUUUCUGGCAUACAUACGACUUCCUCCAGAGGUGCAUGGAGAGUGGUGUCACCCUGCGGCCCGACAAGUUCCACUUCUGCAGGAGGAGCGUUACCUUUGCCGGCUACCUUCUGGGCUGGGAAGGGUACCAACCGAGCCGCGACCUCAUCAACAGCAUAACUGACUUCAAAAUGCCCGCACAACCCACCUUGACUGAUGUGCGGUCAUGGUUCGGCCUAGUCAACCAAGUUGCACCCUUCUUGGCAGUCGCCCCUGUCAUGGAACCCUUCAGGGAACUACUCAAGAAGCCAGGUGGGAAGGUAGUGUACUGGGACAAGCAAUUGGAAGCCCUUGUCACCUCGGCAAAAGACACCAUUGGGAGACUGGCAGCUGAGGGACUGCGCUUCUACGAUGUAUCACGCCCCACACCAGUCCUCACUGACUACAGCCGACAAGGUAUUGGCUUCGUUAUCUUGCAGCAGUACUGUGAGUGUGUCUCCGAGAAGUCGCCACUGUGCUGCCCCAGCGGGUGGAAGCUGGUGCUCUGUGGCAGCCGACAUCUCACAGCAGCUGAGAAGAACUACAGCACUCUCGAGGGAGAGGCACUCGCCAUCGCCUGGUCUCUGAAGAAGGCACGCCUCCUCCUCCUCGGCUGCAAGAACCUCACGUUCGUCACAGACCACAAGGCCCUCACAAGAAUUUUUGGGGACAAGGAGCUCAAGGACAUAGCCAAUCCCCGGCUUCUCAACCUGAAAGAGAAGACGCUAAUGUUCACCUUCCGCAUCAAGUACCUGAAGGGCGACACCAACUGUGCGGCAGAUGCCUUGUCGCGCUACCCGAUCCUGUCAGGUGAACCAGAAAGGUUGGACGAAGACGAGGAAGAGCUGGUAUGCGCAGCCAUGACGGCAGCUACAGUCGCAGCAGCUGAAGAUGAGAUGGGGCAUGUCGUAGACCUUCGUCAAGUGGAAGAAGAAGCCGAACAGGACGAGGAGUACCGCCUCUUGAGGGAAUGUGUGGCCAAUGACGGGUGGGCUGAGCGCAAGGACUGGGAGCCGCCUGCCCUCCGCCCGUACUUCAGGAUGCGGCGCCACCUGUCCUCCCAAGGGAGCGUGGUCCUGUACACCUGUGACGAGAAACACCCGCGACUAGUCGUGCCUGCAGCCCUCAGGUGCACAGUCCUGGCCAACCUGCACGCGGGGCACCAGGGCAGGGACUCCAUGCUACGCAGGGCGAGGCAGUCAGUCUACUGGCCAGGGAUUGACGCGGAGGUGGAGCAGAAGAGGCGCCAAUGUGCAGUAUGCGACACGCACGCCCCCUCCAGUCCCGCAGAGAGCCUGAUGCCCACCCCACCUCCGCUAUAUCCAUUCCAACAAGUAGUGGCAGACUUAUUUCAACUGGAUGGCCACACCUAUGUCGCCUUUGCCGACAGGCUCUCAGGAUGGCUUGAGGUAGAGCACCUGUCAGGCGAUGCCACCAGAGCACGCCUGAUAGCAAUCUUUCGACGGUGGUUCAGGCGCUUUGGCAUCCCAGAGGAGCUGUCGUGUAACGGAGGAACAAACCUUACUAGCCAGGAAUCCAGGAGCUUCUUCAACACCUGGUGUGUACGCCUGAGGAUCUCAUCUGCACACUAUCCCCAGUCCAACGGCCGAGCAGAGGCGGCAGUCAAGUGUGCAAAGAGGCUACUACGCGGCAACACUGCCCGGAAUGGCUCCCUGGACACCGACGCUGCUGCAAGGGCAAUCAUGCAGUAUCUCAACACCCCCCCGCAGGGCUCUGAAGCCUCCCCAGCCCAGCUGCUCACAGGACGUCAGCUGCGGGAUGCCAUACCUGUCGACACAUCUCUCUAUGAAGUGAGCGAGCGGUGGGCUUGGCUUCUGCGGGAACGCGAACGGGCCUUGGUCCGCUCUGGGGACAACGCAGCCUCUCUGCACAACCAGUCAGCCCACAACCUUGAACCCCUUACACCUGGCCAACGGACUCACAUCCAGAACCCCAGCAGCGGACGCUGGGAUCGCGCAGGUACUGUACUGGAGACUACAGCACCCAGACAGUACCUGGUGCGGCUGGACGGCAGCGGGCGCGCCACCAUCAGGAACAGGCGCCACCUAUGGCCGCUCACGCGCGAACCGCACACUCAGGCAAGCGACGACGGGGCAGCUGCAACACCUGACCCCACCCCGCCUACUCAAAGAAGGCCCCAGCGCUCCAGACGGGCGCCACGUCACCUCUAUGACUACGUAUUAGGGGACACCACCCCUUAAGUGGCACUGUGAAUGUCGCACGCCCAUAGUGUUUUGCCAUUGAUGGUUCACAUUGUGUUUAUUUAUUUCUCCCCCCCUUUUGCUUGUAACCCUUGGUCUGAUUCAUUUGAAGUAUUUUCUGUUUUUGCCAUUACACCGCCCACUUUGGGCUUCCUGUGUAAUUGGGGGGGGAGUGUGGGGGUGUGUGGCAACACUCAACUUCCGGCCGUAUCACAGCGCGUGGGGGCUAGUGUUUACUCAGCCGGGACGGAGACAGGUUGUCCCAUACCCUCUCUGUACAUGGAUACUUACCUUCAAUAAACCUCA